AUGGAAGGAAAGAAUCAGACUGUGGUGACUGAAUUUGUUUUCCUGGGUCUCACAGAUAAUCCCAAUCAGGAGACUGUUCUCUUCAUCACUAUUCUCUUUGUUUACCUAGUCACUCUGGGGGGUAAUUUGGGGAUGAUCUUUCUCAUAUGGGUUGACCCCAGACUCCACACCCCCAUGUACUUUUUUCUUAGCCACUUGUCCUUUGUAGAUCUCAGUUCCUCUUUGUCCAUUGCUCCGAAGAUGCUAUGUGAUAUCUUUGCAGAGAUAAAAGGCAUCUCUUUUGGAGGCUGUGCUGCACAGAUGUGGUUCUUUGGCCUCUUUGUGGCAACAGAGUGUUUGGUGCUGGCUUCCAUGGCAUAUGAUCGCUACACAGCCAUCUGUAAGCCUCUGCUGUAUCCUCUCAUUAUGUCCCCGCAAGUCUGUGUGCUGCUCGUGGUUGGGCCUUAUGCCAUAGCUCUGACAAGUACCACGACCCAUACGACUUUCACUUUUUGCUUACCUUUCUGUGGUCCAAAUGUGAUCAAUCACUUUUUCUGUGACAUUUCCCCACUGCUUUCCCUAGCAUGUGUGGACACAGGGAUCAAUAAGUUGGUGUUGUUUGUCUUUGCUGGAGCAAUAGGAGUACUCAGUGGUCUGAUCAUCCUGGUCUCCUACAUGUGCAUCUUGAGGGUGAUCUUGAAGAUCCAGACAGCCAGUGGGAGGCAGAAAGCCUUCUCUACGUGUUCUUCUCACCUAACAACUGUCACCAUCCUGUAUGGGACUCUUUUCUUUAUCUAUGUACGACCUGGCUCAAGUUCCUCCCUGGAUAUCAACAAAGUGAUUUCUAUGUUUUAUACGAUGAUGAUCCCCAUGCUGAACCCCCUUAUCUAUAGCUUGAGGAACAAGGAAGUAAGAGAAGCAUUCAGGAGAAGCUUGGACAGAAAGCACGUUCUAAUUGUUAAAGUCACAUAG